UUCUCAACAGCUCGGAGUUUUGUUAUUCGCGGACUUCAUAGCCGUGAAUACCAUAUAUGAGAUAGAGGCUUUGAUCACUACACAAAAUCCCGCCGAUGACCGCACCGCCCUGGGACGUGCUCAGGUUCACACCGUUGACAAGGAAGUCCCCAUCGUCUCAGUCAAGUGUGUUGGAAACAAUAUGUGUCGACCAUUCAGAGACGGUAUGUACGUGAAUCCAUCGUACCGUGGGGCGUUCGCUAGCCAGUGUGUGGAGAACUGCCACGCCCCGGUCACCUACAGAUGGCAGCUGACGGACGAAGCAGGACACCCGUAUCCCUACACUGUCGACUACCUACCUGUGGGUCACAAGUACAAAGAGGUAACGGUGUCCACAUUAUUUUACGAGGAACAGCUAAGGGAUAACACGAUGCACUUCACAGCUCAGGUGACAAACGGGCAGGGCAAGACAGGAGCGUCGACGUUCUUCAUGAAAAAGAACCGACCACCAGAGGGAGGCUCGUGCUCGCUCGCCUCGCCAUCUAAACGUCGAGCCGUUGGAUAUCUUCACCCUCACCUGUCGGGGCUGGGUCGAUCCCGAAGGUGUUGGCAUCGCUUAUUACUUCAUUACCUUGUACCCCCCAGGAGAGCCGUCUAUCCUCCUGGUCACACACCUGCCAAACUUGGGGGAUCAAGUGAAUCCUCUUGUGCUCCCCCCUGGCACCUACGAGCUCAAGGUGACCAUCACGGAUAAGUGGGACAGCUUUACCAUAGUUACCGUCGUAUCUAAUUUGACGGUUGUACAGCCGACCCUGGAGGAGUUGGAGGAGGCGGACGUUGACGACACUAUAAACCAACUGACGGGUGCCUGCAGCUCGGAGAUGUUGACGAUGGUGGUGACGGCUCGGAAUAUUCUUACCUUCCAACCCGGGUAUAUUAAGGUGAAGGGCGUAAGCAAGGUUGAGCAAGAUAAGGCACUAAAGAAACUGUCAGAUCAGGUCAACACAGCAGUACAGUCAAUCAGCAGCAACACAGACUUCACUCGCUUCCCCGCCAUUGACGUAGCCGCCAACAGUAUCGCCAAGCUGCUGGAGGACUGUACCUCUGACCUGGACCUUUCCCGCAGUGUGGAUAUGGACGCUAAAGAUUCCGUCCUGAGUUCUGUGCAGAGGAUGGUGGCAGAGGUAGAGGAUGAACCUAUAAUAGCACCAGGUCAGUUACAGAGGUUCGGUGACAACGUGGCCAGCAUCGUCAGUAACCUUAUGUUGAAUAUCGGUGAGAUUAUCGCAGACGAGGACUGCAGCAGCGCCCCUCCCGGUGACCUGGCCAACUCAGAUACUAUACCCUUUGACACAGACAUCGGCACAGACAUCCACAUGGAAGUGCCGUCAAGCAUGCUCAAGAUAGUGUCCUGCAACAUACGGGACGUGACAAAGGCGAGGGCGGCGGAACAGCUGCCCGUGAUGGAGGGAGUGUUUGACAGUGUACUUAAGACCAUGCUGAAGAAUAGCGUGACUGGGGAGGUUAAUGAGCUGGACGGUCGUAAUGGUCUCUUGGCUAAAGCUGCCCGAACGCAGCUGAACGGGACGAGUAUGGAGAUCGAGUUAGGAGGGAACGGGGCAGCCAUCGUCCUCCCUGAAGAUUUCUGCCCCAUCGACUACUGUAACGGCACUUUCACCUACACCGCCACCCUCUGGCCUUACAUCACUCACUCGUACCCGAACAGCGUGCAUAACCUGGCCCGAGGCACGAAGGUCCUAGACAUGGACAUUAUGAACGAAGCUCUGGAGAUAGUUGAUAUUAAGGAUCUACCCAGCCCCAUCAGGAUCACCAUCCCCAGGACUAUAGACAGGAUGGGCGUCCAGAAACUACCAGAACCGAUGGUUGUUAAUGGCAGCUCGACCUCCGGGAAGGUUAUUCCUAUAACCUACGUCCUAUUUAAUAUUACCAGGAACUACUCAUCAGUGAAUAUAGAGAUCACGCCGAGUGAGGAGGACCAUCGUAUGUUCCUGCUUAUCGGCAACUCCUUUAUGCCAUCACUCAUUAACCACAGCUUGUUCAUCAUGGUUAAAGAUAUUCCCAUCAGGCGCAAUGACACAUACGACUGGUUCCUGGAGACGUCGGAGGUGAGUGACCUAGGCUCGUACUACCUGGGCAUCGGGGAUUUCAAGCCGGUAUUCGACAUGGCCAGGAUGGAGGAUCCCGCCGCCAACAACGUCACCUUGAAGGACGUCCAGCUGUUACCCUUUGACUACUCCGUCAGGGUGUUGACCUCUGGCUGCUACUACUUCAGUUCGGAGAAGAAAAAAUGGGAGGGUGAUAGUAAUGUAAAGGUGAUUUACUCAGACCACAAGCUCACCAACUGCGAGACCAACCACCUGACGAGCUUCGGGUCGGGGAUGUUCGUCAUGCCCAACACUAUCGACUUCAACUACGUGUUCGCCAAUAUGGCCUUUGACGACAACCUGACCAUCUACCUCACCCUCAUCAUCUCCCUCUCCCUCUUCCUCAUUCUCCUCGUGUGGGCCAGAAUCAAUGACAAGAAGGACGUAACAAAGCUGGGCGUGUCACCGCUGCCAGACAACAAAGUGGAAGACAAGUACCUGUACGAGAUGUUGGUCUUCACCGGCAACAAGAAGGAGGCGCAGACGGACUCUAACGUGAGCUUCAUCCUGACGGGGGAAAACGAGGACACCCCCGUCAGGUGUCUCGCCGACGACCAGCAGAGGAAGGUGUUCAGGAAGGCCAGUGUCGACGUUUUCCUCUUGGCCGUGCCCAGACCACUGGGGCCUCUGCUGUACUUACGUGUCUGGCAUGACAACAGUGGUAAGGGACCCAACGCCUCCUGGUACCUGAGUUACAUCGUGUUGAGGGACGUACAGACGGGCGACAAGUACCAGUUUAUUGCUAAUGACUGGCUGGGUGUGGAGUGGAGUGACGGCCAGAUCGAGCGCAUGUUACCAGUAGCCAGUGGUGACCAGAAGAAGCAGUUCCGUCACCUCUUCGACACGGCCUCCAACAAGAACCUGACGGACAGCCACCUAUGGUUCUCCGUCUUCCUCAGGCCACCACGGUCUCGGUUCACCAGGUGUCAGCGUGUAGGGUCAUGCUUCGCCCUCCUGUUCCUCUCCAUGCUGGUCAACGCCAUGUGGUACGAGCGUGUCCCUGAACAACCCGGAGCAGGAGGUCUUAAAUUAGGGCCCUUCAGUCUUAGCAUUGAGCAGAUGGGUGUGGGAAUGGUGAGUAACAUCAUCGUGUUCCUGCCGUCUGUCCUCAUCGUAUUCAUCUUCAGGAAGUCCCGACCCAGGAGACUUCGCAAGUCCCGCAUAGAACUGGCGCUCUCCAGAACCCGUGAGAAGGCCCAACACCUCGCUACUGAAGAGAAGAAGGACCUGGAGAAGAACCAGCUAGACCAAGCACGCACAUCAGACUCAAAAGGCUCCUCCAAAAUCAUCGAGAAAAAGGAGAAGAAGAAAAAGUUCACAUUACCUUGGUGGUUCGCCCUGGUAGCUUGGCUCUUAGUUGUGGCCUGUAUCGCGGUGUCUUGCUUCUUCCUCCUCAUGUACGGCGUCAUGUUCGGCAACUCUAAGGCUACCAAGUGGAUCACCUCCCUCGUCAUCUCCUUCUUCACCUCCAUCCUCUUCGUCGAGCCCCUCAAGGUCUUCAUCCUGGCCAUGUUGAUGAGCGCCAUCUUCAAGUCUCCUAACCUGGACGAGGAUGAUGUCGAGGAAGAUGAGGAGGAUCCCAGACUACAGCAGGACGAGGCUUGGCUCCACCCCCACCCUGGGAGAGACAAGAGGAAGCUGGAGAGACCGUCAAUCCUGGAUGAGGAGAGACUCAACAUAGUGAGGGAGAGACGGAAGAAGGAGGUGGAGAUGCAUUCUAUUCUGAUGGAGAUUAUGUCUUAUAGUAUUUUCAUCUGGAUCGUGUUGAUUCUCUCUCACGGUAACAGGGACCCCAACGCCUACUUCCUGCAGCGGACACUGAGGGAAGCCUUCGUGAACGAGGGAGCAAAAGAUGGGACUGACUUUCUUAAGGUGACCAACGCAGACAUGUUCUGGAACUACCUCCAUAAGGGUUUUCUACACCGUCUCCGUGCAGACGUUCUGUACAACGGCAAACCUCCUUACUUACUACGAGGCUUCCUGGGUGACCACAACAACAGGAUUAUGGGAUAUGCUAUCAUAAGACAGAUAAGAGUGAUGAACGCGUCUUGCAGAGUGGCAUCGUGGUUCCGUAAGAUAGAUUUAAAGUGUAGCGGGUACUCGGGUAUUUCCUUAGAGGACAACCGCCACUACUGCCUGGGCUGGGCCUCCCCUGCACCCCUCACAGCCAACACCUCCGACUGUCGCCAUCCUCAGUUCAGGUACACGUCAGCGGCACAGUUGGAGACGCUGCCAAUCUGGGGUCGUCAGGACUGGUAUGGUGGAGGCGGCUACAGUGUCUCUCUGAGGGGCAGCUCUGGUGACCUACAGAAGGAGUUUUCGUUCCUUCAGGCCAACCACUGGAUCGACUCCUUGACCAGAGCUGUUAUUGUCGAGUUCUCGUCUUAUAAUGCUAAUGUGAACCUGUUCGGUAUGUCACGGCUCAUGGUGGAAUUUACCCCAGGGGGCGGCAUCGACCCUACCUUCAGGUUUGAAGGGUUCCGUCUCCUCCAGCACCACGACAACUUCGGGGGCUUCACUAUCGCGUGUGAGAUACUGUUCAUUAUGUUCGUUGUCUACUACACCGUGAGGGAGAUGUACCUCUUCUGUAAGACGAAAUGGAGCUACUUCAACAACUACUGGUCCUACGCUGAGAUAGCUAUCAUCCUGGUCUCCUACGUGGCCAUCGUCGUCUAUACCCUCAGGUACUUGGCCACGAACAAGAUGCUGGCAGUGUUCCAUAAAACACUUGGGAACGGCUACGUCAACCUGCAGUACGCGGCGUCCCUUAACGAAGGAUACCUCUACCUUAUCUCCUUCAUCCUCUUCGUCGGCACCCUCAAGUUUAUUAAGCUCCUCAGGUUUAACAAGAGAAUGGGGGCGCUGUCGGCCACGUUGCGUCAUUGCUGGGAAGACCUGAAGGGGUUCUUGGUGGCUUUCUUCCUUAGCUUCUUCUCCUUCGUCGCGAUGUUCUACCUCCUCCUUAGUAGUCAGCUGGAAGACUUCUACAACUUUAUCUCCGCCGUCGAGACUUGCUUCAGUAUGAUGCUGGGUAAGUUCCAGUUCGAGGAGAUGAAGAAAGCGUCCCUCAUGGUGCCCAUCAUGUUCUUCGUCUUCGUGGUGUGUAACUCUUGGGUCAUCAUCAACCUGCUCCUCACCGUCAUCAUCACCUCCUUCGUCGAGAUAAAGCACAGCAUCAUGAAUCAACCCGGUGAGUACCAGAUGGUGGAUUUUGUGUGGAGUCGCUUCAAGGGGUUCCUGGGGUCUGGCGGUAAGGUGGACCCCGUCACUGUCACCACGGCUGCUGCCAUCGGCGAUCCUCUUACAGCUACAACCACGCCCACAACAAGCCAGGUCCAAGAACUACCGCAGAAAAUGGACAAGUUCCUCGAAUACAUCAACAACGUGUACUUUGAUGGUAGUCUCGACCUGAAGACUAAGGUGGGUCUCAGGUCCUCCUACUACUCGAAGUUCAGCAGGAUGAGUCGCACUUGGGGCAGGGAGGAAGGCGAGUCAAAUUGGGAUAGUGACGGAGGCGAAGGAAGGAGUUGUUAUAGAGAUGAGAAUUGAAAAUCUUGGACGACUUGAUGAAGCAGAGGAAUUCAGAGAUGAUGACCCUCCCGGUACCUGGGAUUGUCCUAACACUCACCAAGCAGCCAUGUAUCCUCCCUACUAACUAUAUGUAGGGCUGUGUAGAAGUAGUGUUGUGUGUUGUGAUGGUAAUGUAGACUACUGUAGUUUAUUAGUGACGUAAAUGUGAGCACUCUAUCAUGCUAGUUUAUUUAUUUAUCUAUGUUAACAUUAACAAGAUACAGUACCAGGAUAUUUUAACUUUUGCUGAUUAACGCCACGUGAUAAUAACUCUAGCAAGAUAAUUAACAUAAAAUUAUCACAUUAUUAAGAUAAUUAACACAGUAGACUUAAAUAAUAAAAUUAUAUUAUCGUUUACUUAGAUAAUAAUCACGUAAUUGUAUCAUUGUUACUAUAGUGUAUACAUUGUUACUAUAGUGUGUACAUUGUUACUAUAGUGUGUACAUUGUUACUAUAGUGUAUACAUUGUUACUACAGUAUGUGCUGGUUUAAGAAUAUUAAUAUUGUAUCUUUAAAGUAGUGUAUUGUUUAGUCUGUAGUCGUGUUAUUCUGAGAGGGGCGAUAUGUUGCUACCCUCUGUACAGUGUAAUGGAAGUCUCUCUCUCUCUCUCUCUCUCUCUCUCUCUCUCUCUCUCUCUCCAAACAUACUGUACAGAGUAUACCCAUUUCAGCUGUUGAUAUACUCAUAUUAUACUCCCCUGUGUGUGUAUAUUCCCCACCACUCACUUUACUGUCACACACUUAAGUGACUAUUAGUGUU